AAAGAAAAAUGAGGGGGAAAUAGGAGAAAUCUCACUUAUUCUUGCGUAAGAUUUUGAUAACUUUAGGGCCAUUGGGGUGUGCGUGGUGUUUAUUUUUAUGUAGAUGGUGAGUUAAGAGCCCUGGAAAUAAGAACUUUUAUGGUUAAGAGUUAACUCUUUUUCCCCCAUACGCAAGCAUUAUGUAGUAGUGACAACUAGAGUUUUAGGUAGAGGUGGUAGCACCUAGACUAUAAUUUUUUUUUGGGCAAGGAAAACAUGCCUUUUUUACAUUUCAAACAAUAUGUGACAGAUUUUCUAGCGUAGUACAGUUAGUUUAUACAUGAGCGAGGUUAUUUGUGGAGGAUAUAUAUUGAUGCGAUUUAGUAAUUGUUGUAGUGAAUCUAGAACUGUAGAAAAGCAUUAAGGUUGUGUAUAUUGGAACUAAAUAGUGUAAAGGCCAUGGUUGGGAACUUGGGAGAACAAUUUGCUUACUCGUGUGUUGGGCCUUUUGAAACCAUGACUCAGUUCAAGAAUUGUUUGAGAAAGGCCUAGGUCUGGCAUGAUUAGAUGGAUCCGAUCAUGCCAACCGUGGCAGUUGGCAGUGUAGUAAGGCAGCUCGUCCCAGCCCGCUUACAUCCUUAUCCAGGAAAUAAUAAUUUCCUUUUUUAAUAGGUAACUGUGUUCUUACCUCCUGUAAAUGUCAAAUGGUCCCUCUUUUUCCAGGCACCAUACCAGUGGGAGGUCCUAGUUUGAGAUCGAAUAAUUCUCAGGCAAUUCAACCACACAAACAGAAGGACUAAUGCCUAAUGGCAAGUGAUCCGUGAUUUUGUUUUUGUCAUGGUCUAUAUGCGCUUUAAAGGCCAAAGAGUAGUUUGCUCAUUUUGUGUUGUCGUUUUGUUAACAAACUAUCGCAAAAACGCUCGGCACCUCUGAAUAAAGGGAUGAGAGCGAGCAAACAAGUUAUAAUGCACGAGAUGAGUCCAUGACCCUGAACACGUGUUGGAGAGAGUCUCAAGCAAAUUUUGCAUCCAACACGUGUGCAUAACCAUGCAAAUUUGGCAUUUUUGCCUUGCAUCCGAUGUAACGGUGCGAAUUUCUUCACUGUAAACGUCCGUCAAGAAGGUUGAGAACCGCGGUUCGUAGUUGGUACCGUCGGAGCUCCAUGAGAGAGCACUCAAGAGUGGUCCAAGUUCUUUUUUAUUUCAGAAAAAAAAAAAAAAGUUCUUUUUUAUGUUUUUCAAUUUGAAAAAAACCCAGCUAAAAGAAGUAAAAUGAGAUCUGAUCAUCUGAGAGUUACUGUUGGUCCAUUGGAGAAUCACUAGCCAUUAGGCCCAUUACUUGGUUUAACACUUGGGAUUGAAUAUUUGAAUUUCUUCAUACCCAAACACGAUCGAUGGAUUAAAUCACAAAAUGAAGCCCAUUUCAAACAGAUCCGCACCCUUUUUUCUCCCUUAAAUUGGAAAAUAUAUAGAUGAGCUUCAGGAUAUGGUGAAGGACCCAAAUGGCAAAUAGACAGAAGGUGAUCUCUCAUGGCCAACAGCUGGCUGACUGAAGUGACUAAUGGCAUCGAAGAGAAGCCAUGCAAACACUUAUCCUUAGCUAAGAUGGUAACCCAGAAGACGUCCGUUACCGUAAGAUGAAGGGUCGGAUACGGUAAGACGUCGUUAUCUCAAAGCAAAUUCAAUUGCUCUAUAAAUGCUGUUUCCCCCUCGCCCUGUCUAUCAGUGAAUGCUUCCUCUAUAAGCCUCAUAUCUCUUUUCCGGCCCACAUGGGUCCGCAUUUUUCUUCUUCUUCUUUAUGUUUCUUCUUUUGAGUCAUAAUUAAAGAAAUUCUUGACUGAAAAUCAGAAUCAUGAAGAGAUUGAAGCCCAACUCAGCAUUUCCUAUCUCCAAAUUCGUCCCCUGACACUCCCUCCCUUGUUCUUUGGUCCAUAUUUAUCACAUUAUUUACACAUUGGGCUUAACUAAUCUAUAAUCGAAACUCUAGAGGCUUUUGCGCAAUUUCCAAAAAUGUUGAGACGAGUCCAUCCCAGUUUUUACGACUUUCCAAACACAACCCCCCAAUACGACGGCGUAACUCACGCCAUUUACAGCUCCGAUGAAUUCCGCAUGUACGCGUACAAGAUCAAGAGGUGCACCAGGCUCCGCAGCCACGACUGGACCGAAUGUCCAUUCGCCCACCGCGGGGAGAAGGCCCAACGACGCGACCCGCUCAAGGUAUCAUACAUGGCCAUCGCCUGCCCUUCCUUCCGCGAAGGCACGUGCCACAGGGGCGACACGUGCGAGUUCGCACACGGCGUUUUCGAGUACUGGCUCCACCCGGCAAGGUAUCGCACUCGCGCCUGCAAUGCGAACCAUCUUUGUCGACGCAAAGUCUGUUUUUUCGCUCACACUCCCGAGCAGCUCAGGUCCGAGACCAAAUACAAGUGUCAUUUCACUUACCGGCCCCGAAUCAUGAACUUGAAAAGCUGCGGGGAUCCCAAAGGUUCGGGGAUGCGAUCGGGUUGUGUAGAUUGCGCCAGCACUUCAUCGCAUGGACCAGUGUCGCCGAUGAGGGUGUUGGAGAAGGAGGACUGUUUGGUCUCGGACUUUUUGAGGAGUUUGAGUGGGCUGAAGAUUAGGGAUGGUGAUGGAGCCGAAAAAACAGAUGGUGGGUUUAAGGGACCGGACUCAUACUUGGCAAAGCCAAAUAUCGAUUGGAUUUCAGAGUUGGUGGGAAGAAACGGUGAAGAAAAUCAGCAUUAAUUAUUGUUACUGGAACAUUUUUAACUCGGUUGUCCUGUUUUGUAUAUAGACUGUUUAAUAGUGAGAUUUGGAAGGAGUUGUUUCAUUGCAAUAAUGUGGUUUUGGCAAGUUGAUCUAUCUCGUUUAAAUAAUGAUGCAAAUCAUUUCCUUUUAACGAGUUAAGUGGCCAAUAAGAGCUUUCCAGUAAAAAAAGUAAGAGUUUCAUUACGAGUCUACACCCUCAUGAUUUGUUUCUCAAAACAUAAUAAUUGAGCCUUAACCGAAGUCACUAAGUCUAUGAAAAUACCUAAUUAAUUAUUUAAA